AUGCUGAAUAGCGAGAAUGCCAAGGACUCCGGUGGGAUAACCAUUCUGGCUCCAGAUGACGUCGGAGGAUUGGAAGUCAAGCGCAAAACAGAUGGUGCUUGGAUUCGAGUUCAACAUAUCCCAGAUGUUUUUAUUGUCAAUCUCGGUGAUAUCAUGCAGGCUUGGACUAAUGAGAAAUAUCAGAGUGUGGAGCACAGGGCAGUGGUGAACUCAGAGAAAGAAAGGCUAUCAAUUGCUUUCUUCUUCAACCCAGCACACCAUGUCAAUGUGGAGCCCCUUUCUGAGCUCAUAGAUCACCAAAACCCUCCAAAGUACAGGCCCUACAACUAUGGGAAGUUCUUUGCCACUAGCAAAGUCAGCAAUUUUAAGAAGAUUGAUGUUGAAAACAUCCAACUUACUCAUUCCAAGUUAUCACAGUAA